GUGUGUUAGAGAGUGAAGAGGAGGAGGUGGUGGUUCUGUCUGCUGCUGCUGUUCCAUUUCACAGACAGGAUUCUAAGCUGCCAGCGUCUGUUCGCAGUACACUGUUGGAACUUUUUGGCCAGAUAGAAAGAGAAUUUGAGAAUCUUUACAUUGAGAACCUGGAAUUACGUCGUGAAAUUGAUACACUGAAUGAAAGAUUAGCAGUUGAAGGGCAGACUGUGGAUGGAGCAGAAUUAAGCAAGGGACAAAUGAAAACAAAAGCUAGUCACAGUACAAGCCAGCUCUCUCAAAAGUUGAAGACCACUUACAAGGCAUCAACCAGCAAGAUUGUAUCUAGUUUUAAGACAACUACUUCCCGAGCAAUUUGUCAGUUGGUGAAAGAGUAUGUCGGUCACCGAGAUGGACUGUGGGAUGUCAGUGUAACAAGGACACAGCCUGUUGUGCUGGGAACUGCAUCUGCUGACCACACAGCUUUGCUUUGGAGCAUCGAGACAGGAAAAUGCCUUAUCAAAUAUGUUGGUCAUGCUGGAUCAGUAAACUCCAUAAAAUUCCACCCAACAGAGCAGAUUGCAUUGACAGCAUCUGGAGAUCAGACCGCUCACAUCUGGCGAUAUAUGGUACAAUUACCCACCCCUCAGCCGGCAGCAGACACCAGUCAGAUAUCUGGAGAAGAAGAAGUUGAAUUUUCUGAUAAAGAUGAAGCAGACGGAGAUGGAGACAUUUCCAGUGAUUGUCCAACUGUCAGAGCACCAUUAAGUUCUCUUAAAAGCCAUCAGGGUGUGGUGAUUGCUGCUGACUGGCUUGUUGGGGGAAAGCAGGCUGUAACGGCAUCGUGGGACAGAAGUGCAAAUCUUUAUGAUGUGGAGACAUCUGAGCUGGUCCACUCCUUGACAGGUCAUGACCAAGAGUUAACCCACUGCUGUACACACUCUACACAACGUUUGGUAGUAACGUCAUCCCGUGACACAACUUUCCGUCUGUGGGAUUUCAGAGACCCUUCCAUACAUUCUGUGAAUGUCUUCCAGGGCCACACAGAUACUGUGACCUCUGCUGUCUUCACAGUGGGUGACAAUGUUGUGUCAGGUAGUGAUGACCGUACUGUUAAAGUUUGGGAUUUAAAAAAUAUGAGAUCUCCUAUUGCAACCAUCCGCACAGACUCUGCAGUAAACAGAAUUAGCGUCUCUGUUGGCCAAAGGAUCAUUGCUUUGCCUCAUGACAACCGACAAGUGAGGUUAUUCGACAUGGCAGGAGUGAGAUUAGCACGCCUUCCUCGUAGCAACAGACAGGGCCACCGAAGGAUGGUGUGCUGCACUGCUUGGAGUGAAGAUCAUCCAACUUGCAAUCUGUUUACUUGUGGCUUUGAUCGCCAAGCAAUAGGCUGGAACAUCAACAUCCCUGCUCUACUCCAAGAAAAAUAAGCUGAAGAUCAGGAUAGAUGGCAUUUCGUUUUCUCUUUGCCAUGAACAUUUUAGUUUCAGCAAGUCAUUUGUCUUUGCCAGCCCUGCCCCUCUGUGAGAUUCCCCAGAAAUGAGUCUUGUUUUUUUUUUCCCAUAAAUGUUCUCAUUCCCACAUUCUGCAUGAUGUAUUUGGGAGAGGAGUAGACGAGACUUGCAAAACAAAGUCCCUUUCUUGGUAAUUAUGUUGAUGAAAAAUUUAAAUUUUCAAUUUCAUCUAAGGAUUGAUGUUUUUACACAGAGCUCCUCUCCGAGUGGUCUCUGUUUCCUUCAAUUUAGAGAAGAAUUAGGGCACUACAUUUCUGUGAAAUAAAUGUGAAAUUCAUGUACUUGUUGUGAAGGAUAUAAUAGUCUUUUACAUUUAUAACGUAAGCAUAUCUACCUUAUGCUUCAAAACCAUGUUGACUGUUACAGAAAUAAACUCUGAAAUAGGGUAUUUGUUUCACCCAAUGCAUAGGUCAGCAUUACUGGCGCGCAUCAUGAUGCGUUGCUAACCAUUCUGGUAUUAUUUUUGUUAAAUUUUACUAUCCUCAGUUUUUUUUUAUUAAUGUUAUUUCUUGUUCCAAAUAUAAUAUUUAGUUUUUGAAGAAAUUAGACAUUGCCAGGCAGGUUACUUUUUUAAAAGUGAACACGGAAAUGACGGCUGUGCUAUUUAUUUAGAAUGAAAAAAUAAAAUAAAAAAAAAGGCUUAUAAUCUCCCAUCUUAUCCUAGCAAAAUUGAAAUCAGACACACAAUGCGGGUUUCAAUCACUGAAAUAUAUUAAAGCAAAUUUAAAGCACUUUAGCUCAGAGAUGCAGUUAUGAACAAUUUGUAACAGUUUCAAAAAGCAUUUGCAGUGAACGAGCGCCGACCUUCAUAGAAAUGACUUUGACAAUAUUCAGAACAGUUUCUAAAAAAAAAAAAAAGACUUUAUGCUUUUAGUAAAAAAUGUUUUGCCCUUUAAAAAUUGUUUUUCUAUUCUAUAUUUUAGCUCUGGGUGGUUACAUUAUUUUAAAGUCAUAUCACUGACUUUGUAGUCCUUUGGAAUGUAUGUUUGUAUAUGGACUUUCUGACUACACCGUUGAAUGACUACCAGUCUAUAAUCACUCCACAUCCUCUUAUGUCUAAACAAUUAGAGGAGAUUACUGUACACUCCAUAAGAUGCUGUCAGAGCUUCCAGUUUCACAAGGUGCUGUCAUAAGAGGAUCUACUUAUCGUAUAUAUGAUUGUAGAGAACACCAAGCCAAUAGCAAUACACACAUUGGAUAUGCAAUUCUUUUUAAAGAAAGUCAAAAUUCUGGUCUGUGUACCAACAGCAUUAAAACUGUGCAAUGAACUUUGUAUACCGAAAUGAAAUCUAACAAGAAAAAUGUAUUCACUGUGUUAUGAUGUAAUUCCAGGGCCAGCAUAACAUGAUUUCCCCUUGGAACAAAUUAUUAGUCCCUUAUUGGUUUUUAUAAACCACUUCUUUCACUAAUAUGUGCACUUACUAUUGCCAGCCCACAAAUAUAUAUUAUUUAGAAGAUCUGUAAUGCUUUAUUAUAUAACCAAGUGUACAGAACACAUACUUAAUAUAAGAUAAGCAGCAUAUUACUUGACUGGCAUGGAUGGCAACCUGCACUGCCUAAGGAAACUUGGCACUGGAUUGCUCCAACAAUCCUGCAAUCCAAUGUAAUUAAUCCUGUAAAGUACCAGAAGGGAAAGCAGUUUUUUAAACUUGGCGUAGAAGCAAAGACUAUUGAUUGUUCAGGUUCUUUUUUCUAUGGGCUUGAACUUUACAGUUAAUUUGUAUUUUUUUCUUUAAACCAUCAUUAUCACUCAUUUCUGUAUAUAUAUUAGACCUGCAGGAUUUGCAUAAUUUCAUCAACAAAUCCACGAAUAUCGUUGUUUAAGAUCAUAUUGUGAAUUCAUUUAACUGUAUUGGAUAAGAAUACGGAAUAAAAAAAAAUGUACCCUAGAAUUGUAGACAAUGUGAAGAAUUUAAUUGCUGAUGUUAUGUACCAAAAAAAAGUUUAAAAGUUGAAAUACCUUUAUUGUUUUUGCUCUUCUGAAUUUAUUUCAAUUUUCCGGCUCUCCUAACUUGUUCUGAUUGUGUAGUGGCAAAAAGAGUGCUAAAGACUCACUUAAACGUCAGCAAUGUUAUCUGUUAUACGCAUUGUGUUGCAUAUUUUAUCUGUUUUUCUAUUUAUUUUUUAUUAAGAAAUUGUGUUUUUCCAGUUUAAGCUUAUCUAUAAAAAUUCUUUUAAUAGUAUGCAA